GUCCAGCAGGAGCCCUGUGUGGCCGAGCUCAGGCCCCAACAGCAUUCUUCGGUCGGAGCCGGCCGCGGGGCAGCCCCAAGGACCACAACCAUGAAUGGCACAGAGGGUCCCAACUUCUACGUGCCCUUCUCCAACAAGACGGGUGUGGUGCGCAGCCCCUUCGAGUAUCCGCAGUACUACCUGGCUGAGCCAUGGCAGUUCUCCAUGCUGGCUGCCUACAUGUUUCUGCUGAUCGUGCUCGGCUUUCCCAUCAACUUCCUCACGCUCUACGUCACGGUCCAGCACAAGAAGCUGCGCACACCUCUCAACUACAUCCUGCUCAACCUGGCUGUCGCUGACCUCUUCAUGGUCUUCGGAGGCUUCACCACCACCCUCUACACCUCUCUACAUGGAUACUUUGUCUUCGGGCCCACGGGAUGCAAUCUGGAGGGCUUCUUUGCCACCCUGGGAGGUGAAAUUGCCCUGUGGUCCUUGGUGGUCCUGGCCAUUGAGCGAUACGUGGUGGUAUGCAAGCCCAUGAGCAACUUCCGCUUCGGAGAGAACCACGCCAUCAUGGGCCUCGCCCUCACUUGGGUCAUGGCACUGGCCUGCGCCGCACCCCCGCUAGUUGGCUGGUCCAGGUACAUCCCAGAAGGCAUGCAGUGCUCGUGUGGGAUCGACUACUAUACCCUCAAGCCAGAGGUCAACAACGAGUCCUUUGUCAUCUACAUGUUCGUGGUCCACUUCACCAUCCCUAUGAUUGUCAUAUUCUUCUGCUACGGACAGCUGGUCUUCACCGUCAAGGAGGCGGCUGCCCAGCAGCAGGAGUCAGCUACCACCCAGAAGGCCGAGAAGGAGGUCACCCGUAUGGUCAUCAUCAUGGUCAUUGCUUUCCUGAUCUGUUGGCUGCCCUAUGCCGGUGUGGCAUUCUACAUCUUCACCCACCAGGGCUCCAACUUCGGCCCCAUCUUCAUGACCCUUCCGGCAUUCUUUGCCAAGUCGUCCUCCAUCUACAAUCCCGUCAUCUAUAUCAUGAUGAACAAGCAGUUCCGGAACUGCAUGCUCACCACCCUCUGCUGUGGCAAGAACCCACUGGGUGAGGAUGAGGCCUCCACCACUGCCUCCAAGACGGAGACCAGCCAGGUGGCACCGGCCUAAGCCCUGCCAAGGACACUGUGGCCGACUGUAGGAGUCUUCCAUCCCCCACCCCCACCCCCACCCCCAGGGACAGCCACCCCACUGGGAGCUGUGCCUGUCGGAACCAGGUCUCAUAGGCUCCAUGAGUUUAAAAAGAAAAAUUAAUGAGAAAAAUGAGGCUCCCCACUCGAUGGGAUAGCCCGA